CAUAGAGACGGGAGAGUUUUUGAGAUCUCUCUCUGUGGCAAUGGAAGGCCAAGGGAACUCGGAGACGGAGUGCAUGGAGAUCGAGACCACCGCUGACUCUCUGGACAGCUCCGUGGUCUUUCAUAUCGUCAACGACGUCUUAGGCUUCGUUCUCUACAUGCACCAGCAGAUCCCCUCCGUGUUGCAGGAUAUGAGUCUUGAAUUUGAUACAUUUCGUACCGAAUAUGCAGAGUUGGAGACCGCUCUUACUACGCAAAAUGAUGCAAAGGCCUCGUCCUUGUCGCGAAGAAAGCACAUUGGCAGAAUGAGGGAUGCCAAAAAGGGAAUCAGGAGACUGGAGAAAUUGAUGAAUACGAUUUCUAAUCUCCAAACUGCGCUCAAGCAGGUGAUUUCUGAGUUCCCUAACAUCGAGGGAGUCGUUUUGGUUCUCGGAGCUAGUCCAAUUCGGCCUCGCCAUGUUUACGAGCUGUGCUUUUCACACGGGAAGGCUGCUGCCAGAGGUGAAGUUGAUUUCUCUAAAAGCAGGGCAGCAGAUGGGCUUUCAAGAAAGGCUAUUAGGACGCUGGUCUCGAAGGGUGCUGGGUCUGGUUCCUAUCCAGGCCCCAGUAAAUUGUUUCUAUUGGUUAAAGCUCCCUCUUCUUUCAAUCUUCCUCUGCAUUUUCUUCCCAAACGUGAUUUCAGAUUCAGCAAGAAGAUUGUGCCUUUCAGACUACGGCUCAAGUGCAAAACCCAAGAUAAAAAAACGGGUGCUCUGGAUCGUGUGUGCCAAACUGGGAACUCCAUCAGUUUGACAGAUUCUACUUCAGAUAAUUUAAUCUGGUUUCAGUGUCGGCACACAAUCAAGGGCCUGGCAUCCAAAACACCAACUGAAGAAUGAAAAAGUUUGUUUCCUUAUAAUUGUAUAUAGGAGUUUUUCUUGAUAGUAAUUUGAUAGUCUAGUUAGCUUCAUUUGGGGGAAUAUUUUUUACAUUCUUCUGAACACUUGUAAUCAGCUCUUGCAACGCUUAAAACAAAGCUGCAAAUCACACUCUAGCGUGCACAUGUAACUGACUAUGGUCAGUCGCAGAAAAGGGAAGAAGGAUGGAAGAGACUUUCAGGACCCAUACAAUACGUAG